GCCGCCGCACGCCGCUCGAUACCGCGCGGUGCGCGCGUCGCGUCCGGCGCGGCGAGUGCGGCGCGCACCGCAGUGAGUGGGACACCCCUGCCACGGCACCUCGUCUCGGGACCGGGGAAUUAAAUAGUUUGCCACCCCUGGCUUUUUAAGCGACACGGCCGUAGCGCGGGUUGAAGUUGUAGCGUGUUUAGUCAGCUAGUUUUGGGUUCGUGUAGCUAGAAGUUGUUUAGUCGGCUAGGUUAGUUAGGUUAGCGAUUAUUAAACCGCAAGUGGAGUUAUUACAACGAUAAGUACUAUCUAUUUAGUUAUAAGUGCAAACACAGCUACCUCUGACUAGCACCGCGGUAGACCACCUACCAACCGAGCGAAAAGCGAACCGAAAAACUUCCAAACUUACUAUAACCCGACCAAAUUAAGAGGGACCUUACGUACCGGUUGCUACGCGAUCACUACUACUGUCACAUUGUCAGCCAUGAACGAGCUGGACCUCAUCAAGGAGGUGGAGAAGCGGCCGAUCCUGUACGACAAGUCGGUCAGCGGGUUCAACAAGACCAAGCUGCGGGACGACGCCUGGAAGGACGUGCAAGAAGCGCUCAAUGUCACCGGCUGCUCCACAGAGUCGGAGUGCAAGAAGCGGUGGCGCUCGCUGCGGGACUCGUUCAUCAAGCUGCAGCGAACUCACGGCGGCCGCACGCGCUGGCCCUACCACCAGGCCAUGCGCUUCUUGUUGCCGCAUGUGGAGCCCGGCUCACAAAAAGCGCAAGAAGACCCAGAACCAAUCACCAGACACAAAGACCAGCCGGAGUCCGAUUCAGACAACGAGGAAGACCGGACAGAGGUCCCCAACCUCACGUACAACCAGCUCCCGGUCACCUACGCCAUCGACCCCCGGAACAUCACGCAGUUGAGCGAGGAUGACGAGGAUUCCCAACCCAGUGUGAAGAAGGCCCGACUGAAUUCUACGGAGGAGGAAGUGGUCUGCCAGUGCAAUAGGACGGAUCCUGAUGAGCUGUUUCUGUUGAGCUGCUCGUCUACGCUCAAGAGAUUGAACGCGAAACAAAAUGCAGUGGCCCGGCUCAAGAUCCAGCAAGUCCUGUACGAGGCUGAGUUCGGCGGCCCGGGGGACCUGCCCUUCGUGACCCCGGCCAGCGACUGCAGCUUCGACCACCUCGACUCCACCGUCGAGUAACUCGUUUACAAACAAAAAUA